GGAGGGAGAGACGGAGAGAGAGAGAGCAGGGAGCGAGAGAGAGUCGCUAUCUUCAAAAAGGGGUGGGCACGCUGAACCUGGAAGCUAAAAAGUUUUUCCCAAGCCUGCGAACAAGAAUCAAAGCUGUAAGGACUAAAAUCGAGCGGAAAACUUGAGACCAGCGAGACAACUUUCCUGCAAAAAAGUGACCGAAAACAGCCUCAGAAUGGGAGAAGAUGCAGUGCAAGUAGAAAGGAGCAGCAUGGCAAGCUUACAUGAGAGCCAGGAGCUGGUGGUGCCCACUCCCAGCCCUACUCAACCUUCACCCAGUCAUAGCCUCACCCAGCUGGGUACUGGCGGGGAACCUAGCAGUCCCGGAGCUCAUGACGAAGCCCCUACGGGCACUUUGCUCAAAGAUGGAACUUCAACCACAGGCCCGGUGAAUGCCAUCACCGUCCUGACCCUUUUAGAUAAGCUGGUGAACAUGCUGGACACGGUGCAAGAAAACCAGCACAAGAUGGAGGUCAGACAGGUGGAGAUCGAAGGGGCGGUGAGGGGAAUCCAGAAUGACAUGGUCAAGCUGUCCAAGAGUCAUACCUCCACGUCCAACACGGUCAGCAAACUUCUGGAGAAGAGCCGUAAGGUCAGCGUCCACAUGAAGGAGGUAAAAGAGAAGAUGGAUAAGCAGGCCUUCCAGGUGAAAAAGAUAGAGGCCAACCACAGUCACCUGCUCAAGAGGAACAACUUCAAAGUGCUUAUUUUCCAGGAUGAAAAUGAAAUCCCUUCAAGCGUCUUUGUGAAGGAACCUGAAGACAUACCUGAACUGGAGGAGGAGGAGGUAAGCCCACCCAUCGAUCCCAACCGUUCUCAAGAAGACGGCCUUCAUACCAUUGCCCUUUCCUCGGACGAGGAGCAGCCACAAGAGGAAGAUGAAGAUGAAAUUUUGAGGGUUCUGGAUCAAGAAAGCGAGGCCAGAAUUGACAAAACUCGAGCUGAGAAGAUCAAGAGUUCCAGUCUGAAGAAAGUGGACAGCCUGAAGAAAGCUUUCUCCAGGCAUAACAUCGAGAAGAAGAUGAACAAGAUCGGCACCAAGAUCGUUUCACUGGAGAAGCGUGAGAAAAUCAAAAAGAGUCUGACACCGAGCCACCAGAAGAGUCCUAGUGCCAAGACCUCCAGCUUCAAAGUCUCUCCGCUUACCUUCAACAUCAAGAAGGUUCGCGGCAAAGACGGGGAACCACAUGAUGAGGCCUCGGCUCAAUCGGAGGGUUCACCAUCUGCUGUCGCCUCAAUUGAGUUAGCCCCGAUUGAUAGCCCGACUGAAGACCUGUCCUUCCAAGAGGUUCACUCACAGCUUGCACCAGGCCAUGAGGAAGUCAAAGCGGCAAUAGAGGCGAUGGAGAAGGACGAGUUGUCCAAUGUCCUGAAUGGAACAGCUGAGGUUGAGCUGUCAAUCACGGAAGAUGUAAGCGAGGAGUACGCCCUUUCUGCGACGCUUCCUCAGGAUGCCUCCCACAAUGCUUUGCAGGAAGAAAGCAACGAGGAAGAAGAGGAGGCAAAGGAAAGAUUGCAGAGUGAAGAAAGCCCUCUAGCAGAAGCUGCAGGCCAAGCCGAGGGUGUUGCUGUAGGACAAGUGUCCUAAUGUCCUGAUCCUUCAUUUUGGCCAUGACAUCCUUCUAAGUUGAGAAAACACUCUCUCCAUUAUUAGUACCAGCCAUCCCCCAUCCCGUCCUGUCCUGGCAGAGUCCCAUCUUUGCAGAUGUCGUAUUUUGCUGUAUUAGUAUCCAACUUUUUCAAAAGGCAAAAUUCACAUUCGUUUAAAAAUUCCCCAUCAGUUCAACUCUAAACCUUCUGCUUGCAAGAAAACCACUCCAGCAAAAUCUACCGGAUAUUCAAUCUUCCACUGUUGGUUAGAGCUUUGGUUUUGUGAAGCCUAACUGUCAGCUGAUGAAAGGUGGCAAAGGAAAAUAAAAUCCUCAAAGCCAAAAGUCAAUAAAUGCCAAGUGCGCUCCAUCUACCUGAUGGGUACGUUUUAAACAUGGCCUCUCAACCCACAAUUCAUUUUUUUCUGGAACAGCCUGCACACAUCUGAAAGUGAUAUUCACUUUAUGCAACCUAGAUAGAUAUGAAAGCUUUUUAUCGUCUGUCCAAUAUAAUUGUGUUUUAAAGGGUACCGCGACUAUAAACACAUGUAUCUCUUAAUAGAUUAACACUGGGAUUAGUAAUAAAAAUGUAAAAUUAAAAAACAGUACAAAUGUCAUAGUUUUAAUUAAAAAAAAAUUUCAUUCAAAGACGGCCAUUUUGCUGACAUCACAAUGCGUGAUGUCAAAAGGUUGAAAUCAAAACCUAAUACGUAAUGGCGGCCUCCACAGCUUAUAAUAAGUAUUACAUCUGGGGUCUUUGAAGUAAUAAAAAUAUUUCUAUCAAUGGAUUUUAGUAGUAAAUUGGCAAAUACAAAGUAUUAAAGUAUACAAGUCUUCAUAGCAGAGGUACCCUUUGAAUCAUUUUUUAUUUUGGGUAUCAAAAAUGUAUAUGUAAUUAAUCAUAAACGUAUGUUGUAUUCAAUGCACAGAUCACACUGAUUAUACUGUGAACCCAAACUAUACAGAAACAAAAUGAGGUUGAGCUAAUGUCCAUAAACUACAAAUAUGUGUGGAUAUCUGCUUCGUAGCAAAUAUUAAACAAGUAGAUGCAAACACCACAAUACAUCAAUAUUCAGUAUUUGGGUUGCUACAUAUAUCGAAUGCUGUUUACAAGGGGACCCUGGUUUUCCCUGAGCUUCACAUAUGUCUCGGACCGUAAUAAAAUAAAAACAUUCCAGCUUUUAAUAUAUGGCUCUGUUCAGAGAGCGUUUCUAAUGCUCGUGUUGGCAUGGUGUCGGAAAAGAAAAGCCUUCAUCAGGCAUUGAGGGGCCAGAGCAGAUUUCAAGCAUAUUUCUGAAAGUGAUGAACGAGACUUUCAUUCCAGUUGGAUGCAAAUAAGCCUACAGAGAUGCGAAGAAUAGUGGGGAACCGAAAAAGAAAGUCUGUUUGAAUUGAAGUCAUGUUUUAAAUGUAAUUUAGGGGAGAAUAACACAGCGGGUAAAUGGAAAGGAGAAAUCAAGGAGAAACUUGUGCCGCUAACUACCAAACGCUUAUUGUGACUUCUCAAUGAAAAGAUUAAUCAACAGCAUCAUCGUAUUUUCCCAAUAAAUUUGACUUUGAUAUUAAAAUACACGUCUGAAUAAAUGGGAAUCUCUUUUUAUAUAUUUGUGAUGUUGUGAUGUUGCUGCCGCCUUUCUUGACGUGAGUAAAUUGAGUAUUUUCAUUUCAAUCUCCAGUGCUGAACAAAAUCAUAAGUGUGUACAGUAUCUUUGCUUUGGGUGGAUGUGAAUGGGAUUUUACUUCUUUUGAGUCUUUCAAAAAAUAACAAAGUUUAACUGUCUAUUGUUGCUUAUCUUGUAACCCCUAAUCUUUAUUUGCAUAUCUUAUACAAUUCUAAUUGCCUUUAUGAUUUCAUAAUAUAUAUGAGAGAGCUAUACUGUAUGUUGUCUUGGUUAUAUGACAUUAUGCCAAAGAAAAGGCUUUGUUACAGCAGACACUUUGUGUUUCUGUGUCACCUGUUUGCAGACUUGUUAUCGAAGCACGCUGUUGAAAUUGUUCUUAUAAUACAAUUAAAUAAAGAUUUUGAAUCAUUUCUUUUCA